AGAGAGAGAGAGAAAAAUAUCAUUAUAAGGUGAGAGAAAACAUGGCGGAUGCUCAACGUUUACUUGGGAACGACGUCGUUUCGGUGGAGCUCCCAGCUCCUGCUUCCUGGAAAAAAUUGUAUUUGCCGAAAAAAGGAGGUACGCCAAAGAAAAAUGAGAUAUUAUUCAUUGCACCAACUGGGGAGCAGAUUAGCAACCGGAGGCAGCUCGAGCAGUACCUGAAAUCCCAUGCUGGAAACCCUCCGCUUUCCGAGUUCGACUGGGGCACGGGCGAAACUCCAAGGAGAUCAGCUAGGAUUAGCGAGAAAGUCAAGUCAACACCCCCAUCCAAAGAAAGUGAGCCGCCCAAAAAACGAGCUAGAAAAUCAUCGGCCACCAAGAAAGACAAAGAGAAAACCGAGGGCACAGAAGAAGUCGAAAUGCAUGAUGCUGAUGAGAAGAAGGAUGAACAGAAAACCGAGGUUGGGGUUGAAAGCAAUUCUAAUGAAAAUGGUGGGAAAGGGAGUGAUGAGACAAAAGAUGAGAAAAAGGAUGAAGAACAGAAAACCAAGGUCGGAAGGGAUGAGACAAAUGAUGAGAAAACUGAAAAAGGCGAUGGCACUGAAAAUGUUCCAAAUGUGGAAGGAAAAGUUGAAGAUAAACAGUUACCUGAGAAGGAUGAGAAUAAUGAGCAGCCUGGAAAAACUGAUAGUAAUGGAAAUCCUUCAGACAUGAAGGAAAAAAUUGUAGAGGAACAUGUGGCUGGAACUGUAGAGAAAAUGCAGUCUGAGGCCGGCAAAACCGGCACUGAUGAAACAAAACUUGCGGGUACAAAUGAUGAGAAGAAGGAUGAAGAACAGAAAAUCAAGGUCGGGAGUGAGGAGACAAAUGAUGAGAAAACUGAAAAAGGCGAUGGUGCUGAAAAUGCUCCUAAUGUGGAGGGAAAAAUUAAAGACAAACAGCUACCUGAGAAGGACGAGAAUAAUGAGCAGCCCGGAAGAAUUGAUGGUAAUGGAAAUCCUUCAGACGUGAAGGAAAACAUUGUACAGGAACAGGUGUCUGGAACUGUGGAGAAAAUACAGCCUGAGGCCGGUAAAAUUUGUACUGAUGAAACAAAACCUGCGGGCACUAAUGUUGAUGGAGGUGAAAAGGGCGCUAUUUCAGAGUCGUCCGCUGGAAGGGAAAGUGGGGCCCAGGUGAACGUUACCAAAUCUGAUUUGGGGAAAGAAAGUGAUGUGAAAGAGGAUGGGAUGGAGAUUGGUAAAGUGAAUCAGGCGCCGCCACAUCACCCUUCUCCAGCAGCAAUUAGUUGUUGA